AUGCAGGAUCUUGUACAAAACGUCUCUGUAAGAGAUUUCAAACUAAACUGCUUUCAUGACAUGGAAGAAUGGAGACCUUUGCUAUCCAUCGUCUACUUUUUUAUGUUUUUGCUGUCUGUUUUUGGAAACUCUUUUCUGGUCUAUGUAAUUGUAUCACAUAGGGCUUUGCACUCCCCUAUGUUUGUACUUAUCGCCCUUAUGGCAGUUGUGGAUGCGUGUUCACCAUUGCUCUUUGUACCACAUAUGCUGUUAAGCCUUCUGUUUGGCUGGAAUGGUAUUUCUUUUGCUGGUUGUUUAAUACAAAUGUUUUGCAUUCAUUAUUCUGGGACAUUUCAGUGCCUUUUAUUGCUGGCCAUGGCACUGGAUCGUUACUUUGCUAUAUGCAGACCUCUGUUUUAUCACAAAUACAUGGAACUGCCUAAUUUUUUUAAGUUUAUGAUAGUACCAUUAAUAAGAAAUAUACUCCUUAUCGCUGCUGUAGUCUGUCUGGCUGGAAGAUUGUCUUAUUGUGGAACAAAUAUUAUAGACCAUUGUUUUUGUGAACACAUGGCAGUGGUUCAGUUGGCAUGUGAAGAUAUUUCUAUUAAUAACUUUGUUGGACUUUUGACUGCUUUUUUAAUACCAGCCUUAGAUUUUUUAUUGAUUGCUAUUUCUUAUAUGAUAAUAUUCAUCUCUGUUCUGAAAUCUGGUAAGGCCCACUUAAAGGCUCUUAAUACUUGUGUUACACAUAUAAUUGUCAUUACUGUUACUUUAGCUUUUGCCUUGUUUUCUUUUAUGCUAUACAGAAUAAGAAAUAACUUCUCUCAAAGCAGUCGUGUCUUCAUGAGUACAAUGUAUAUGCUUUUCCCAAGUUGUUUUAACCCAAUCAUUUAUGGACUGAGGACAAAGGAAAUCAGACAGCAAAUUUUAAAAUUUAUAAACAUAAAAGUCUUACCACUUUUUAGAUUAUAG